AGUAGAGCCGCUCUGCACGCCGGAAGGAUCAUUUCUAUGACUGUGUCAAGCGCGGGAGCUGCAAGCUCGAUGACCUUUUUUUCUUCCUUUCUCUCGGAUAGAGACUGGAAGGGUUUUAUCGAUGGCGGGCCGACGAGGGGCUUUGAUUGUUCUGGAGGGUGUUGAUCGAGCAGGCAAAAGCACACAGAGCCGAAAGCUGGUGGAGGCCCUCUGGGCAGGAGGGCACCAGGCCGAACUUCUUAGGUUUCCCGAAAGGUCAACAGAAACUGGACAGCUAAUAAGUUCUUACUUGGAAAAGAAAAACAACUUGGAGGACCACACAGUGCAUCUACUGUUUUCUGCUAAUCGUUGGGAGCAAGUGCCAUCUAUUAAAGAAAAAUUAAGCCAAGGUGUCACUCUAAUAGUGGACAGAUAUGCCUUUUCUGGAGUAGCCUUCACAGGUGCAAAAGAAAACUUCUCUUUGGAAUGGUGUAAGCAGCCUGAUGUGGGGCUUCCAAAGCCAGAUUUGAUCUUUUUUCUUCAACUGAGCACCUUGGAAGCAGCCAAACGAGGAGAAUUUGGAAAUGAACGCUAUGAGGACACAUCUUUUCAGGAGAAAGUUCUACAGUGCUUUUACCAGCUGAUAAAAGAUAAAUCUUUAAAUUGGAAGUUGAUUGAUGCUUCGAAGAAUGUAGAAGAUUUGCACAAAGAAAUUAAAUCCCUUGCAGAAGAGGCUAUGCAAGAAGCUCAGCACAAACCUCUAGGAGAACUAUGGAAAUGAAAUUUAUUUAAUUCCUAAAAUCAGGGCUUACUUAAUCAAAUUCUGCAAUAUUUGCAUUCACAUAUUCUGUGAGCCUGUGUGUCUGUGUAUCUAUAUUUGAGAGGCCAAGCAGGGUUUUUUUUGCUAGUCUUUACUAUUUAUCAGUUCCAUUUCUCUAUAGACUGUGGAGUUUUAGAAGAGUGAAGCUUCUCCUUUCCUUAGAGAGCAGUUCUGCAGGGACUCACACCUGGAAAAGAAAUGCAUGAAUGGAGUAAUACCUUCCACUUAGAUAAGACUUGAAAUAUUCAAUAAUAUAGUUUUACUAUAAAUAUAUUGAAUGUAAUCAUGUGUAUGAGUGUAUUAACUUUUUCUCACUAUAGUAAGGUUUUAUGUGUGUGUGGAGUAAAACAAUUCCAUUUGUAACAUGUAGAGUAAUUCUAUCAAUAAAAUGUUUUCAACCAUGCAGUGGGCAUGUUUGGCUAAUGACAAUAACUUGAAGUACUAACAAUGUGUGAGAGUGUGUGUGUGUGUGUGUGAUUCUUAAGGAAGUUUGAUGCCACUGAUGUAACAUCUUAAAAUAUAGUGCCUGUAUGUAUAGAUGCUGGUAAUAAUCCUCCAAGCUGACACAGAGUCUUCCAGGCAUUGCUGUAGGAAGACAACCAAGUUAGUCUUUGGAAGACAGAAUCUGGUAGCAUCAUUUUAAAUUAGUAUUUUAUUGUAUUGUAUUUGAAUUAAAGCAAAAUAAACUUUUUUGUCCCAAUU